AUGCAUUUCCAGCUGAUUCCUUGGGUUAUUGCUAUAGUUUUCAUCUUACUUCUCGGUUCCUGUUUUAUUGCCAGUUGUUUGGUGACUCAUCACAACUUUUCACGCUGUAAGAGAGGCACAGGAGUGAACAUGUUAGAGCACCAUGCAAAGCUCACUUGCAUCAAAGAGAAAUCAGAGCUGAAAAGUGCUGAAGGGAGCACCUGGAACUGUUGUCCUGUUGGCUGGAGAGCCUUCCAGUCCAACUGCUAUUUUCCUCUUACUGACAACAAGACGUGGGCUGAGAGUGAAAGGAACUGUUCAGGGAUGCGGGCCCAUCUGAUGACCAUCAGCACGGAAGCUGAGCAGAACUUUAUUAUUCAAUUUUUGGAUAGACGGUUUUCCUAUUUCCUUGGACUUAGAAAUGAGAACACCGAAGGUCAGUGGCGCUGGGUGGACCAGAUGCCAUUUAACCCACGCAUAGUAUUCUGGCAUGAGAACGAACCCAACAACAAUCAGGGAGAAAACUGUGUUGUUCUUGUUUAUAAACAAGAUAAAUGGGCCUGGAAUGAUGUUCCUUGUACCUCUGAAGCAAGUAGGAUUUGUAAAAUACCUGGAACCACCUUCAACUAGAAACCCACAAAGCGGUGCUUGUGAUGGAGAGAAAAGAACCAAUUAGAACAGAGCAGAAUGUACAUGCAUCAUUGGAACACA